AGUAUAUAUAUUUCCAAUAACCACAUUCUGAUUGCAGUACCUAAUUCUUCAAGAUCUGAUAAAAUAUUUCAGUAGGUUAAAAUGGUUUUCAAAUUUAGUUUUCCUGUUGAAAUUCCCUUAGUGCUAUGUAGUCUUAGUCAAACGUUGCUAGGUCAAAUUUCAUCCAAUCUGUUUAUUUACAGAACCUGUUACGUAAUACUAGAGUAUGAUAAAUCACAAUGUGAACAACUAGGAAAUGAAAGGAAUAAUCUUACCGAAUGGCUAGAGCCAUUAGUUCAACCGACGGUUAAUAAUAUCGAAACUGUUAUGAGAAUCUCAGGGUCAAUUUUGCCAAUUUUUCUCAGCCUCUUUAUUGGAACAUUAUCAGAUAGACUUGGGCGAAAGCCGUUCCUGGUGAUGGGUAUUACAGGAACAACAAUACAUACUCUUCUAAAUACUUUCGUUGCAUACUAUGAAUAUCUUUCACCUUGGUAUUUUGUUAUUGCUUCACUACCAGGAAGUUUAGUUGGAGGAUUUAGUACAACAUUUCUCAUUAUUACACUUUAUAUGGCAGAUAUUACGACACCAAAGACGAGGGCCAUUAGAAUGGGAUUUUUUGAAGCAGGAGUCGCUCUUUCAUUCAUAAUUGGCAGUCUUUGUUCCUCUUAUCUAUUCUAUGCUACCAAUUACGUAACUAUCUACAUAAUUUCAACUUCAAUGAUGUGUGUCAGUCUUUUGUAUAGUAUAUUUUUGGUACCGGAAUCUCUCAAAGUUGAAAAAAAGAUGCCCUCUUUAACAGAAUUGAUGUCAGAUGUAAAUAUUAAAGAAAUUAUUAGAGUUCCGUUUAUAAGGAGGGAAGAUAACACAAGAUAUUACAUUCUAACCUUGAUGGGGACACUUGUGGGUUACAACUUUGUUAUGGGAGGGGAUAUGUCAGUAAGAACCCUCUUCUUGCGACAAAAAGUUCAUUGGACAUUGUCCCAAAUUACUAAUGCCCAAGUUUAUGGUGAAGCUGUAGUGAUUAUAGGAACAAUAUUUGGAACUACAAUAUUAUAUAAGAAGCUUAAAAUGAAAGAACUUCAGCUUGUUGUUUUGUCACUCGUAAUAUCUAUUGUUACGUGUAUUCUUAAUGGAUUAGCAACUAGUGACAUCUACAUAUAUGCAGCCUAUACAAUCCGGUGUUUUGGAACACUAUGCACAUCAAUGGUUCGAACUUUGAUAUCAUUUAUGGUACUAUCACACGAAUUAGGAAAAGUUUACGCUACUUCUUCUGCUAUAGACAGUGUAGCGCAACUACUGUCUUCGAGCGUUUAUCCGCAAAUAUAUAAUGCUACCAUUAACACAAACAGUGGUUUUUUCUAUUUUGUCAAUAUGGGAAUUUAUGGCAUAUUGGUGCUGGUUAUCUUAAACCUAAUGAGGUAUGAAAUGCCCAAACCAGUAAUUGACAGUAAUGGUAAGAUAGAAGCCAAAGAAAAAGAAGUGGAAACUAAGAAAAACCUAAGUGAAGUGUAAAAUGUAAAUCUACAUUAUGCAGUCCGCUGGUGUACUUACUAUUAUGGAUGAACCAAGAUAUUUUUAUUAUGUUCUGUGAACAAAUUCUCUUUGGUUUAAAUACCGAUUUUUUAAAUUAUCCUUUUAAAUGUGAAAAAUAUAUGUUUUUAUUUUAUUACACUUUUUUAUUAACCAAAAUAAUUAUUAAAAAAUUUAUGUGACCUUUCGGUUCCA